AUGGAGCAUAGAGAAAAUGAACCCAUGUCAGAAACGGCUAUUCUCCCAGAGGAAUUGAACUUAGACCUUGACGAAGAAGACAUUGAGAUAAUCAGAAGUAAAAAAGUUAGUGGUAAAGACUUUCUCGGCUUGACGACAGAAAAACUUGAAAAUUAUGGAUUGCAGCCAGGGCCGGCUUCUAGGAUUGCAGAGCUGGUCAAGGAAAUCAAAGGCGAGAAAGAGAACUUCGAUAGCUUUCUUAAGCACAUUAAUUUUAAACUAAGUGCUGUGGAAUUUACCGGAACAUUGCCAAAGAAUGAUAUAGAACCCUACGAAUGGAAUGAUUACACUGAUAGUGACCCAAACCAACUGGAAUUGAUAUCUCAAUACUUAAACCAACACCUAAAACCAAACCUUCCAAAAGAUUAUGUUGUUUUUAACGUUGCAAACCAUUCGACAUUACUACCGAAAAUUCUCCUUUUUCAUUCAAGAUCAAAGGCGGAACUGACUAUGUGGUGGUGGAACAGAAAGUUAAAGAAAGUGCUGCAGGAGCAAAGCAUAUGGCAAGCUAUUGCAGAAAUGGUCGCAGCAGACUUUUUGACGAACGAAGAGAUUAAGGCUAUCGGUGUAUUAACAGACCUGAACGAACGCUGGCACCUUUUUUGGUUAGAAGAGGGGAAAAAAAUCAUGAUGGUCAAAUUAUCGCAUCGUAAAAAGGCGUUGGAUAUUAUUAGUAGGAUGGUUAAGAUGAUGCGUGUGCCGGGUUUACCUGGAGGGCAACGUAUAAAGAUUUAUGAUAAUGUUUAUACACAAGUUGAUGAUAUUGCACCAUUAGAGGAUUUUUAUGAGGAGAUAAGUGAGGAAGAUAUACUAAGACAUAAAACGAGAAAGGCUAUUGAUUUAAUUAUAAAUAAUCCAUUAUUUUCGGAUGUAUUUUCUGGGUUUACUAAUUUACCCCCACGCUAUGAUUGGCUGUUAUAA